UACGACCAUAUUAGUCCUGUAUUAAGCUUCGGAUUCUCUCUUAUCUGUCAAAAACAGCUUUUUUCAUUAAAGUCAUCAUCAUCUCAUCUUUCCAUCGAAUAGUUCGAGAUCGUUGAUCGGAAUUAUUUUGAUUUGGUGUUUCGUGUUUUGGCAAAAAUGCGACACAAUUGCUGUCAUGUCUCGUUCGCUUCUGUGCUCAAGAUCCUCAAUUUUCUCCAAGCUUUCAUCGGUGUAUCAAUCAUAAUCUACUCGAUUUGGAUGCUCGAUCAAUAUAACCAUCACGUUCCCGUUGACCCUCCUCCGUCGCAGCCUCCGUCGGCUUCAUCUCCGGAUUCUUAUGCCUUCUCUAGUUCAGGAAUCGAUUUUAACAGUGUUUCUUCUGAUUUUUUGAAGAAUCCGAUCAGUGUCGUUCUUGGCUCUGCUGCAGAUUCGGGUUUCAACCUUCGUUCCUUUGAUCUUCCUGCUCCAUGGUUCAUCUACUCUUUUAUGGCGAUUGGGAUUUUGGUCUGCAUUGUCACUAUCAUUGGUUUCAUUGCAGCUGAGGCUAUCAAUGGCUGCUGCUUGUGUUUCUAUUCUAUCCUCAAAACUCUUCUAGUCAUUAUUGAAGCGGCUCUUGUGGGAUUCAUAGCGAUUGACCGUCACUGGGAAAAGGAUCUUCCUUAUGAUCCAACUGGAGAACUCAAUAGCCUUAGAGCUUUCAUCGAAGAAAACAUCGAUAUUUGCAAAUGGGUCGGUAUUGUUGUGGUAGCGAUCCAGCUACUGUCAUUGCUACUGGCUUUGGUUUUGAGAGCUAUGGUUUCACCCCGGCAGUCAGAGCUUGACGAUGAGGAUGACUUUGAGAAUCCGAUGAAUAGAGCACGAGAGAAUCUUCUUGGUCCACAGGUAAACCAGACAUCUUCUGCAAGCAACAUUGACAAUUGGAGGUCCCGAAUCAGAGAGAAGUACGGAUUGAUUAACGGUCAGAGCCAGAGUCCACCAGCUUAACUCAAAAGACCCAGCUACUGCGUAUGGAUCAUUGCUUUGGUUUUGUUCCUCUCUCUCAAUUUUUCUAUCUCAACUUUCGAGUGUCCAUAGAUAUUACACAACUAUGUUAUUGUUUGAUGUCCAUAGAUAUUACACAACUAUGUUAUUGUUUGAUGUUUUGUUUCGAAAGUCUGUUUAGAAUCGCAACAUAGCUUUCACUUCA